CUCUUAAUUCUCGUUAUUUAAUAUAUUGUCACGUCAAUAGUGUAAUUUAUUGUCACAUCAAUAGUAUAAUUUGAAUGACUAGUAAAGUAGUGGUGUGAAAUGUUAUUUUGGACCGAGUAGUAUAAAUGAGUCAUAAUCAUGUAGAAUAAGCUCAAGUCGGUGGUCUCAAAACAGAAUAAUAAUGUGAUUUUGGUGGUUAGGUUUUUCAGCUUUAUUUAUAAUACAAGCCAAACAACUAAUCAAAUUAUGUUCAUAAAUUUUUGUUUUUAUGGUUGGUUGGCUAUUAAUAAUGAAAGAUAACACAUAAAAGUAUGUAUCAUAAUUAAGGUAAUUAAGAAAAUUAUUGAGAUUUCUGUUUGAUUAAUGUGAUUAGUGGUAAGUAUUACUGUUAAAUGUAAUGAUGUAAAUUAGCAAAAUUAGGGAUCCAAAGAUUAUAAUUGGAAAAACUUUUAAACAAAGUAUUAAAAAAGAAUUGGUUAAAUUACUUUUGAAAAUUUAUAUUCCAAUCAAUUGUAAUCAACAUUUCUUUUCAAACCAAAACCACCACUUUUUUUAUUUACAGUUUUUUUUUUUCUUUUACAUAUUGUAAGAAUCUGGUCACCCACUAUCAAUAAAAGUGCAAUUUUGUGGGCCGUAUGGCAUGCAAUUUAUCAUAUGAUGAAAUAAUGUUUUGUGGGCCGUAUGGCAUGCAAUUUAUCAACCAUAGUCUUAAUUCUUAAAUCAUAUUGCUUAUUACCACUAGUUGCGCUAAUGUCUAUUCUAGUUAAUGGUGUUUUAUCUUUAGAUUAUAAACAAGCUCUAACUAAUUCUUUGCUAUACUAUGAAGCUCAAAGAUCAGGCCAAUUGCCUGCUCAACAACGAGUUACAUGGCGCGGUGACUCGGGUUUGAAGGAUGGCCAGGAUGCUGGUGUUGAUCUAGUAGGAGGAUACUAUGAUGCAGGAGACAACGUAAAAUUUGGACUCCCAAUGGCUUUUACAGUAACCCUACUAGCAUGGAGUGUAGUUGAGUUUGGGUCCCAACUUGAGGCCCAAAAUGAGCUCCAAAAUGCAUUGGCUGCUAUCAAAUGGGGCACUGACUAUUUCAUCAAGGCACACCCUCAGCCCAACCUCCUCUACGCCGGUGUUGGGGACGGGGACUCUGAUCACCAAUGCUGGCAGAGGCCUGAGGACAUGACCACACCAAGGACGGUCUACAAGAUCGACGAGUCUAGCCCUGGCUCAGACUUGGCUGGUGAAACCUCGGCUGCUCUAGCCGCUGCUUCCAUUGCCUUCCAGCAUGCUGAUCCUAAUUAUUCAUCCUUGCUUGUUACUCAUGCAAAACAGUUAUUUGACUUUGCAAAAAGUCACCCAGGAAAAUAUUCGGACAGUAUUCCAUCAGUAGGACAAUUCUACUCAAGCACUGGUUUUCAGGAUGAAUUAUUAUGGGCAGCUGCAUGGCUACAAAGAGCCACUGGAGAUAAAAUCUACCAGGACUUCCUUGAGAGCUUUCAGGGUAAUGGUGGUACUAGAUCCAUGUUCUCGUGGGAUGACAAAUUCGUCGGUGCUCAAAUUCUUGUCGCCAAGCAAAUUUUGGAAGGGAAGUUUCCAAGCAGUGGAAAUUUGGGGGCAAACAAAGAUGAAGCAGAGCAAUUUCUGUGUAAUUGUAUACAGAAAGGAAGCAGCAACAUUUACAAGACGAGUGGUGGAUUACUAUGGUUUAAUGAAUGGAAUAAUCUCCAAUAUACAAUUUCUGCUUCUUUAGCCAUCACAGUUUAUGCUGAUUAUCUCUCCACCAUGGGAAAAUCACUAACAUGCUCAUCUUCCUUGGUCAAUCCUCCUGAACUCAUUGCUUUUGCUAGAUCACAGGUUGACUACAUAUUAGGAGCCAACCCAAAGAGCGCAAGCUACAUGGUGGGUUAUGGGUCAAACUUCCCACAAAAGGUGCAUCAUAGAGGUGCCUCAAUUGUGUCUAUCAAGAAGGAUCCGGCUCCAGUUGGGUGUAAAGACGGGUUCGAUUGGUUUCACAAGGAUCAGCCUAACCCAAAUGUUUUAGUCGGGGCGAUUGUAGGUGGUCCGGAUAAGAAUGAUAACUAUAAUGAUGAUAGAAGUGAUUUUCAGCAGGCUGAAGCAGCCACUGCUAACUCUGCUGGCCUUGUUGGGGUGCUAGCUAGGAUCAGCUAAAAUUGUAUACUAAUAAGAGCUUUUUUAACCUAUACUCAUCGCAUGCAAAACUUUUUGCAAAAUUAUUUAUUAUGCA